AGGUGGAAAGCCCGAUAUGGUUACUUUUGCCCCCCGCAAGUGGGGCCGCGCGGAAAUGCGGGUCACGUCAGCAAGCUCCCCGCAGACCCGCUCCCGACUUGCACCCUAGCUAGGUACUUACCGCUCCGACGGUCGGCUUGUGACAACCGAAAGGAUCACAACGUGUUGUUUACUUUUCUGAGCUAGUACAUCUCGAAGCUCCAAGCGUCUGAGUGUUGUUGCUCUCAGAAAGAUGGCAUCUGCCGGUGCCAUCCGCUAUGUUGCCGCGUCCAAGAAAAACCCCUUCGGAGCGGUCUACCUUCAAUGCCAUGUCAAACCGGGCGCUAGCAAAUCGCGCGAGGGGGUCACCGCGCUGACAGAUGAUGCAAUCGAGAUCUGUGUAGCGGCCCAGGCACGAGAAGGAGAGGCUAAUAAGGCUGUCGUCAAGGUUCUCAGCGAUGCCCUUAAUGUUCCCAAAUCAGAUCUUCAAAUCACUCAAGGGCUCAAGUCAAGAGACAAGGUUCUCUCACUUGGGGGGUCAUUAUUGAAAGAUAGCCAGGAGGAUGAGUUCAUGUCACGAAUCGUGGCCCUGCUCGACAAGGCUUCCAAGGAUAGCUAACCUCACUCAACCCACGUCGGUUCCGCCGACGUACGGGGAUGCCAUAAUCUCAGU